GGGCGUUAGGAGUCGCUGUUUGAGAAACCGGAAGUGUACCUUCAUAACAGUUCCCUCGCUAGUUCCGGUGUAACUCUUUAACCGUCCUCCCUGUGAGAGGCCGCUAAGAUGGUGGAGAAGAAGCGGGAGAGUUUGGGCAGGUUUCAGGAGGGCGGACAGCGGCGGGUCCUAGACCAGGCCACCCGCCAGCGGCGCCUCAACCGGCAGCUGGAUGCCCUGGAGAAGGACAACUUCCAGGAUGAUCCGCACGCCAACCUGCCGCAGCUCAAACGGCUCCCGCAGUUUGAUGACCACACGGAAUCCGGUGAGGGCCCGGGAGAGGUGGGCGGCGAGAAUGGCCGCAUAACAAUAUUAACAAAUGUAUUUUGAUUUCUGACAAAACAGAACUUGAGUACAAGUGAGGGACCAAACUACUUGACAACUUGUGCUAGUCCUUCCAAACUGCCCCAGCGUCAUUUCUGUGCAGUUUGUGGUUUUCCAUCCAACUACACCUGUGUCUCGUGCGGGGCCCGAUACUGUUGUGUCAAGUGCCUGGGUACACAUCAGGAAACCAGGUGUCUGAAGUGGACAGUAUGAAGUCAGGAUUCCAGCCUGUGUCCAGGAGACAGCAAUUCCGACCCUCCUGAAUUAUUGAAACUGCCCGUUCCUUUAAUCUCAUCCUUCCUUCAGGUCUGAUUUAAACCUGACAGCAAUCUUGGGGGGGGGGGGGGGUGCCCAGAAAAUGCCAAGUGAUGUUAUUUGCAAUUGUACAGGGGGCCUGUGAACUGUAGAUGGGCAAUUCCUUUUUUUUUUCCAGAAAUGUUGGUUUGAAUCAAAAAAACUUGUGUUAUAUCGCCCUGCAGGCUUCAUAGUACAGCUUUUAGUCCUGAUUGGAAAAGCAGACUGGGACUUUGGUUUCGCUGGAGUAUCUCCUACGGUCACAGGAUCUAGACCUGUGACCUUGGGCAGUAUCUGAGAUGAGAUCCCUGUGAUGUUUUGGCCUAGACAUAACGAAGCUGACUGUCCUUGAAGUAGCUGAUUACUUGAUGGAUGCCCCAUGGACAGACUGUAAUGGUGAUAAAAGAUGAUACAACCUCAACUGAUGGGUUUGGAGACUUCGGUACCCUUUCAAAUAGUGUUGCAACUUUGUCACUGUCUCCAGUUGUGAACAUCUGUAUACUUGUUUAUCUUCCAUUGUGACAGUGGGUCCCAUUUCUGUUAUUAACAUUCCUCACUUUUGCAUCUUUUGUACUUAUUUAAUUUUGAAGAAGUUUGUUUCCUUCCUUGGUAUGGACUUGAUUGACUCUGUGAUGUCUUGGUCUGCUUUACUCUCUGCUCCUCCAUAUUUUAUCCAGGUUAGGUUAUAAGUGGGAAGCUUAAUCUGCUUGAUUGCCAGUGUGGAGUUUAUUGGAAUAAAGUUUACCAGACUUUCCACGUA